AUGAGGCGAAGCCUUCGGGUAAUUACUAUCCACGUUGGUGGAACGAUCAGACGGAUUGUGCGGUNUUGUGCGGUAUUCGAAUCAAACAAACUCCCAUACACCGAUAGCCGUUCCGUGCUGCCCGCGGAACCGAAACGGUCCUGGUUGAAUGGACGUUUUCGUUCACGGGAAUCAAACACGAGCGUGGCAAAUUCAGACCCUGAUGAAGAAGACUCCCUCUCGAUCCGUUUGGAUGCGAACUAUCCCACAGUGCAGUGCUUAUCUCAAAGUCCUAUCAAGCGACUUUCGCGACAAUGCCGAUCGUUGACCGAUACCAACGGGAUUAUCCGAAUCGCACCAUUCCAAUAUGGACAUCAUCCUCUGUGUAACAAUAUCAAUUCUCAUUCCACUGGCAUCGUUGAUACCCCUAUCACGAAUAAUAACUGUAAAAGCAACAGCAACAACAAUAACAACAAAAGUAACAACGCUCUUGUAUAUCAGAAUAGCUCAAUUUUACCGCCCACGUAUAUGAAUAGCAAAGACAACGAUCAACGUAUUAAUGCAAAUUGCUCCUCAUGUGCGAACAAAUUUCUCGAGCCACUGGGUUCACGCUCACCAUGGGUUGAACCGCUUCGACACGGACAUACGAUCAGUUCCAGUCCGGGGCGACUUUCCUCUCGAUCUAGUGAAUCAGAUUCCACCUGCACCUCGUCCUCUUCCUCAUCAUCUACGCGCAUGUUUAAAACCACAAUUACAGCUACCGCGGCUGCGGCACUGGCUGCUACUCGCGUACUUAACGAGAGAGAAGCCAGUGCGGUCAAACGUCGUGUAGCGAGCACACGCAAUGUGAUCGAACAACCAUGGGAAUCACGAAGUUUUAAUGACAUGGGUUCACGGAAGCAUCGUCGUUCGUCGAACAGUAAAGUGCAUAACGAAACACCGACUUCGAAUGCAGCUCAACUGGCCGCCGCCGCUGUGAGCGCCGCUUUUCAAGCCGCAGCGAUUGUAAAUAACAAAUCACAUCGGGAUACGUUCAGUCCACACUUUCGUUGCAACAACACCAAUCCCUCCCGCUCGGCCAAAUCGAGACCGGGGAAAAAGUCACGUGGUCCAUUUUAUCCCUAUCGAAAGCUUGCUGCAAGAUUAGAUUGCUUGGAGAUGAUAGCCUACCUGUUACUGUCAACCAUUAAUGCAAUUGUGUGCCUACUGAUCAUGCCUCGGUUUACUCAAGACCCGUUACCUCCUAAACACUGGAUUAUGUAA